GGGGACUGCAUCUCCCAGAGCGCCCCGCGGGCGGCCGGGCGGCGGGACUCCAUCUCCUAGAGUGCCCCGCGGGCGGCCGGGCGGCGGCUGCCGCAACCGACAGGUCGGGGUCUGGGCGCUGCGGCCUCUUCCCCGCGCCGGGGGCCGGUCCUCGCCGCACAGCUUCCCGGCGGCGGCGCGAUGGACAGCCCCGAGGUGACCUUCACUCUCGCCUAUCUGGUGUUCGCCGUGUGCUUUGUGUUCACGCCUAACGAGUUCCACGCGGCGGGGCUCACGGUGCAGAACCUGCUGUCGGGCUGGCUGGGCAGCGAGGACGCCGCCUUCGUGCCCUUCCACUUGCGCCGCACGGCCGCCACGCUGUUGUGCCACUCGCUGCUGCCGCUCGGCUACUAUGUGGGCAUGUGCCUUGCGGCUUCAGAAAAGCGGUUCCACUCCCCCGCCUGGCGGCUCUUCUUGCUGCUGGCCGUGACCCUCCCCUCUGUCGCCUGCAUCCUGAUCUACUACUGGUCCCGUGGCCGGUGGGCCCGCCACCCACUGGCACGCACCCUGGCACUCUAUGCCCUCCCACAGUCGGGCUGGCAGGCUGUUGCCUCCUCCAUCAACACUGAGUUCCGGCGGAUUGACAAGUUUGCCACCGGUGCACCAGGUGCCCGUGUGAUUGUGACAGACGUGUGGGUGAUGAAGGUGACCACCUACCGAGUGCAUGUGGCCCAGCAGCAGGACGUGCACCUGACUGUGACGGAGUCUCGGCAGCACGAGCUCUCGCCAGACUCGAACCUGCCCGUGCAGCUCCUCACCAUCCGUGUGGCCAGCGCCAACCCUGCCGUGCAGGCCUUUGACAUCCGGCUGAACUCCACUGAGUACGGGGAGCUCUGCGAGAAACUCCGGGCACCCAUCCGCAGGGCAGCCCACGUGGUCAUCCACCAGAGCCUGGGCGACCUGUUCCUGGAGACAUUUGCCUCCCUGGUAGAGGUCAACCCGGCCUACUCAGUGCCCAGCAGCCAGGAGCUGGAGGCCUGCAUAGGCUGCAUGCAGACGCGUGCCAGCGUGAAGCUGGUGAAGACCUGUCAGGAGGCAGCCGCAGGCGAGUGCCAGCAGUGUUACUGCCGCCCCAUGUGGUGCCUCACCUGCAUGGGCAAGUGGUUCGCCAGCCGCCAGGACCCCCUGCGCCCUGACACCUGGCUGGCCAGCCGCGUGCCCUGCCCCACCUGCCGCGCACGCUUCUGCAUCCUGGAUGUGUGCACCGUGCGCUGAGUGGGCUGGGGCCUUGAGGUGACUCUGUGUCCCCCCAGCCACGGGGCGGGGAAGGGGGUGGCUGGGCCUCCUGGCUGGUAAAGGGCUCUACUUAAAGCACAUGAUCUGGAGCAACUCACCUCUGCCCUGGGUCUGCAGAAGGCUGAGGACUUUUGGUUAAAAGCAAUCCUCAUGAAAACACCCCACCCUGCUUGGCAGCCAGGGUACGAGUCCUGGGUACCUCCUCUUCGCCUCCCUUCUGCCCCCUUCCUGCUGCUGGGGGCAGAUCCUGCACACACAGAACACAGCGUUUGUCCCCGAGCCAUUCCCUGGAGACCCUGGGUCUACCCCAGGUGGUCGUCACCUGGGCCAUUUGCCUUACUUCCCUGGAGCACACCCGCCCUCAGUUACAUGCCAGACCCAGAUCUGCAUUCUCCUGCCCUGUCCUAGAGCUGGCCCCUGGCUGCCUGGAGAACCCUGGGUAGGUCCCAAGGGUGGGAUAGAGAAGAGGGCACCGCUGUGGUGUGGGAGCAGUCCUGGGGCUUCCUGGUGGCUGUGGCCAGUUGAGGGCCAUUCCUGGGUGGGGUGGCAAUGGAAGGACAGGUCAGAGUGCCCUCAUUUGUGGGGCUGCCCCUCAGGGGUUCUCAUCCUGUCCUUGGUGCCUUCUGCUGCCCAACAAGUCCAGGGAAGGCCGAGGCCUCAGUCUCCUGGGUAGGGGUGGGGGUUGAGGACCAAAGUGCCAUAGUGACAUCCAGAACACAAGUCCACCAGGGUCCAGCACAGGCUGCCCACUCCCCCAGGGUCCCCCAGGCUCAGAAGGGGGUGCACGCCCCAUGUGGUCAAGGCUCUGGUGGGUGUCUUGCCCAGUUCCUGUUGGUUCAAGGGGAGGGGAGACGUUGGCCAGGCCCCAGGCACAGCCCUGACACAGCCGUGGCUACUGGAGGGGCCCCACACCUGCGGCCCCAAAGCCCCUGGGCUUGGCUGUUUCAGGCAGUGGUGAUGGACUCAGGUGGCCUGACCCUUGGGAUUUGGGAGGCUUCCUGGAACACUCAGCAGGUGGAGGCAGCAGGGGCCGUGGCUGGGAGCCAGACCUACCCUUGAUCCUGAGUUUUUUUUUUUUUUUUUUUU